AUGUCAACCGAUCAGUUCGAUGACGAUAACGCGAACGAUACAGAUCAGCCCGAAGAUAAGCAUGUCCUUCUGGAAGGUAUCAGCAAACCUCUUCGAGAGAUAAAACUAAACCACCGGGCCGACGACGAUAGGAAGACUUUGGAAGAUUCGAAGGGUAACAGUAAUGAAUCUCGUAUCUCGGGCGAUAUCUGUCGAAUAUGUCACAUGGGCGGUUAUCCAACGAACGAUGAGGAUCGAGCAAGUUGUAGAAGACAAGCCAGAACUGUUCGACCGGUCGACAGCGAGACAUCGACAUUAUCCUCCUACUCGUAUCUCGGUCCUUUGAUCUCCGCUUGCAAGUGUCGAGGAACAGUGGCCCUGGUGCAUGCACAGUGUCUCGAAAGAUGGCUGACAGAAUCGGGUCACACAAGGUGCGAACUUUGCGGAUACAAAUAUGCUACUAAAAGGGUGCCACGUUACAGUAUCUUCCGCAGUAUCGCGAUAUGGUUCAAUACCGUGAUAGUAACUCGACAGAUGUUCUUGGAUAUACUAUACUUGAUAGUGACCACGCCACUGGCCCUGUUUUCUUGCUACAUAUGUGCUCUCGCUCUGAGGAUGCUGAUAAGAAACAGAUUACACGAUGUGCCAUGGAUGAUCGUUGCUAUGCUUCCUACCUGCUCCUUAACUUUGAUCGCUUAUUGGGGUUGGAUAAUCACUUUGGGCAGAUUACACGGUCGACGGUGGCGUCGUUAUUGGAGAAGCAAUUUCGUGAUUCGACUGAUCCCCGACGACGCGAUUAUCGCUGAAUCGAGACAAGAAGAAACAUUAUUCAACAACUCGAUCGAACAUUUCGGCCGUCAAAGAAACACCAGCAACGAAUUGACGGAUAUUCGUGACGCGAUCGAUCGAUUGAACUGA